AUGAAGUCUUACACUCCGUAUUUCAUGCUCCUGUGGAGUGCUGUUGGGAUAGCCAAGGCUGCCAAAAUCAUCAUCGUGCCGCCAAUUAUGUUCGAAAGCCAUAUGUACAUUUUCAAGACGCUAGCCUCGGCCUUGCACGAGAGAGGCCACCAUACAGUGUUCCUCCUCUCUGAAGGCAGAGACAUCGCGCCAUCUAAUCACUAUAGCCUCCAGCGCUACCCAGGGAUCUUCAACAGUACCACCUCGGAUGCUUUCCUGCAGUCCAAAAUGCGGAAUAUUUUCUCUGGGAGAUUGACAGCAAUCGAACUGUUAGACAUACUGGAUCACUAUACCAAGAACUGUGACAUGAUGGUUGGCAACCACGCCCUGAUUCAGGGUCUGAAAAGGGAGAAGUUUGACCUGCUGCUGGUGGACCCUAAUGACAUGUGUGGAUUUGUGAUAGCUCAUCUCUUGGGGGUUAAAUAUGCUGUAUUUUCAACCGGCCUUUGGUAUCCCGCUGAAGUGGGCGCUCCUGCACCCUUGGCUUACGUCCCAGAGUUUAACUCACUCCUCACAGACCACAUGAACCUCCUGCAGAGGAUGAAGAACACCGGCGUUUACCUCAUUUCCAGAAUAGGGAUCAGCUUUCUGGUUCUUCCCAAAUAUGAAAGGAUCAUGCAGAAGUACAACCUGCUGCCGGAGAAGUCCAUGUAUGACUUGGUCCACGGGUCCAGCUUGUGGAUGCUGUGUACAGACGUAGCCCUGGAGUUCCCGAGACCCACCCUGCCUAAUGUUGUUUAUGUAGGAGGAAUCCUAACCAAACCGGCCAGCCCACUGCCAGAAGACCUCCAAAGGUGGGUCAGUGGUGCUCACGAGCAUGGCUUUGUCCUGGUGUCUUUUGGAGCUGGCGUCAAGUAUCUGUCAGAAGACAUUGCUACCAAACUGGCCGGCGCUCUGGGGAGAUUGCCCCAGAAAGUGAUUUGGAGAUUUUCUGGAACCAAACCAAAGAAUCUGGGGAACAACACCAGGCUCAUAGAAUGGUUACCGCAAAAUGACCUGCUUGGGCAUUCCAAUAUUAAAGCCUUCCUGAGCCAUGGUGGUUUGAAUAGUAUUUUUGAAACUAUGUAUCAUGGUGUGCCUGUGGUGGGAAUCCCACUCUUUGGAGACCAUUAUGAUACUAUGACCCGGGUACAGGCAAAAGGCAUGGGGAUACUGCUGGAAUGGAAGACAGUGACUGAAGGAGAGCUGUAUGAAGCACUAGUGAAAGUUAUCAAUAACCCCAGCUACCGUCAGAGGGCUCAGAAGCUUUCAGAAAUCCACAAGGAUCAACCUGGUCACCCCGUCAACCGGACUGUCUAUUGGAUCGAUUACGUCCUCCGUCACGAUGGAGCUCAUCACCUACGUGCCGCCGUCCAUCAGAUCUCUUUCUAUCAGUAUUUUUUACUGGAUAUUGUCUUCGUGCUUUUGCUUGGUGCUGCCUUGGUUUACUUCCUCUUGUCAUGGGUGACAAAAUUUAUCUGCAGAAGAAUCAAAAGUCUGUGGUCAAGCAAUAAGCAUAGCACAGUGAAUGGACAUUACCAUAAUGGAAUCCUCAAUGGCAAGUAUAAAAGAAAUGGCCACAUUAAACACGAAAAGAAGGUGAAAUGA